GUUUGUUUGGCAUUGAAGUUGAUUUUUGAGCACUUUCUGAUUUGUUAAUUUAAUUCGUUUAGAAUAGUUUGUAAAGUAUUUUUCCUUUGCAUGAAAAAAUCUUUAUGCUACUUCUGAAUAGGAAUAGCUAGCAAAAGUAAGGCGUGCUUAAAAAAAUUGUUGUUUAUUGUAGAGAUUAGAGUUUGUCUGUCAUUAGCCUCUCCUUCUGGUAACACCCUUUGAUUUGUAAAGACUCCAGAGGUUGAUGUCAUAUGUUCAUUCCCUCAGGCAGGAGGUGAACCAGCCAGUCUAAGCUCAAGAGGCAGCCAGUUCGACACCGAGGAGCAACCCAGAGCAAUGUCCCUGGCUGGGGUAAGCUGUCUGGUGACAGGAGCAGGGGGAUUCCUUGGCCAGCGGAUUGUCCGCUUGCUUUUGGAAGAAGAGGAGGAGCUGGCUGAGAUCCGACUGCUGGACAAGGCCUUUAGUGAGGAAGCACUCAACAGGUUUGAAAAGUUCAAGGGUAAGACUGAGGUGAAAAUCCUGGAAGGGGACAUCCGAGAUGCGGCAUUCCUGCGCCGUGCCUGUCAGGGGGUCUCACUUGUCAUCCACACGGCUUCCCUCAUUGACACCCUGGGCCUUAUAGAGAAGAAGUUGCUCUGGGAAGUCAAUGUAACAGGUACUCAGUUACUGCUGGAGGUGUGUGUCCGCUGCAACGUCCAGCACUUCAUAUACACCAGUACCAUAGAAGUGACAGGCCCAAACUGCAGAGGCGACCCAAUUUUCAAUGGUGACGAAGAUACAGCUUAUGAGAGUACAUCAAAAUUUCCUUACGCCCAAAGCAAGAGACUGGCAGAGGAUUCUGUGCUGAAGGCAGAUGGCCAGGUGCUAAAGGAUGGUGGCACACUGAUGACUUGUGCCCUGAGAUCCAUGUACAUUUUUGGAGAAGGAUGCCCAUUUCUUCAAAGUCAUCUGGAUAAGUGCCUGUUGAACCAAAAUGUCUACCUGCGCUUCUCCAGGAAGGAGGCUUUGGUGAACCCCGUGUACGUGGGGAACAUCGCCUGGGCACAUGUGCAGGCGGCCAAAGCCCUGAGAGUCCCACAGAAAGCCAAGCAUGUCAGGGGGAAGUUCUACUACAUCUCAGAUGACACUCCUCACAUGAGCUACGCAGAUCUAAAUUAUGAGCUGACCAAGGACCUGGGGUUUGGAAUCGAGCCCCAGCUCCCCAUGCCUCUGACAAUGCUGUAUUACUUCUCACUGCUGCUGGAGAUCGUGAGCUUCUUGCUCUGGCCCUUUGUCAGAUACAUCCCCUCCACCAACCGUCACCUGGUCACCCUCCUGAACACUCCAUUCACCUUCUCUUAUAGAAAAGCACAGAAGGAUUUUGGCUACGUGCCCCGCUACACGUGGGAAGAGGCCAAGCAGUGCACUGGUGAGUGGAUUGCCUCUGUGAUCCCCCAGCGAAGGCUGUACUUGCAAAGCAAUGCUGCCUAAGCCUAAAGAGAAGCUGAAACCCAGCUAAACAAGUAGGGCCUUGAGCUAGAGGAGAGCUGGGGAGCAGCAGCAGCAGCAGAUGACUACAAAGCAUUUAAAUGAAUACUUUGCGUAACAGCCCACUGCCCCUAUCCCCAACCUCAGAAUAAAUAAAAGUGAAAUGUUCA